AUGCUCUCAAAACGGACCAAUAAACGAGAGGAGCUCUCUAGGUGUGACACGGCGAGAUACAAAAUGAAAGAGACAAAAGAUCAUCCAAUAGAUGACAUACCUUUGGACUUCGGUAGAUUUCUCACGGGUUAUGGUUGCGGUACCCUUUCGUAUGUGGUUCCGGUUUUCAUCGCCGAAAUUAGUCCGAGAAAACUACGAGGAGCAUUGGCUACGCUUAACCAGCUCUUUUUAGUAAUCGGAUUGGCUUCCAUGUUCCUCAUUGGUGCCGUCGUAAACUGGAGAGCUCUUGCACUAACUGGAGUUGUACCGUGUGUGAUUCUAUUUUUUGGGACUUGGUUCAUUCCCGAAUCACCUAGAUGGCUGGAAAUGGUUGGCCGCCACCGCGAUUUCGAAAUUGCGUUGCAAAAACUGAGGGGUCCUAACGCCAAUAUCGCAAGAGAAGCCGAUGAAAUCAAAGAGUACUUAGCGACUAUAGCGCACCUUCCGAAAACCACACUACUAGACCUUAUUGACAAAAAGAACAUACGUUUUGUCAUUGUUGGAGUUGGUUUAAUGUUUUUCCAACAAUUCGUUGGAAUAAAUGGGGUUAUCUUCUAUGCACAGCAAAUUUUUGUAUCAGCAGGAGCAUCUCCAACUCUUGGAAGCAUUCUAUACUCGAUCGAACAAGUCAUUCUUACAGCUCUAGGCGCAACGUUACUAAUUGAUCGGCUUGGAAGAAGACCACUUCUUCUUGCUUCAGCUGUGGGGAUGCUGAUUGGAUGUUUGCUCAUCGGAAAUUCAUUUCUUCUAAAGGCCCAUGGUUUAGCACUUGAUAUCAUUCCGGCCCUAGCAGUUAGCGGUGUCUUGGUCUAUAUCGGUUCAUUUUCGAUUGGAAUGGGUGCAAUCCCAUGGGUUAUAAUGUCUGAGAUAUUCCCAAUAAAUUUGAAAGGAACUGCUGGAGGACUUGUCACUGUUGUGAAUUGGCUUAGUUCGUGGUUUGUUUCCUUAACGUUCAACUUUCUCAUGAUCUGGAGCCCUCAUGGUGCAUUUUAUGUCUAUGGUGGGGUUUGUGUAUUGGCCAUUAUCUUCAUAGCAAAACUUGUUCCUGAAACCAAAGGCAAGACAUUGGAAGAGAUUCAAGCAAUGAUGAUGUAAAUUAUUAAAUUUCAAUAUGUAUUAAGUUAUACCAAUAUCUGCAUGCAAAUGCAUUUUAUUUUAGAUCAUAUUUUUUAUGUUGAUGCAGUAGCAUUAAAUAGAUUAUUGGUCCAUUACCAUCAACUUAUUAAGUAGGUAACCAAUUUAGAUCUCCAAAUAAGUUCGUAUUAUCAUUACUAUAAAGGGCCGCGUGCGUGAAUUUUGUAUCCUUUCCUUCCAAGUAAUAAAAUCUCAUUUCUUGUUUUAAAUUCUGUACAAGAAACUUACACGAUCAAAUGUAAAUAAAGUACAAAAUAUGACCCUAUGGAAAAUUAUUUAACCAAUCGAUCCGUUUAGAAUAGCGCAAGCGAGUUCCGAACCAUAUUAUUCAAUACCUUGACAAUAACUGAAUAACUGUCUACUAGCUUACUGAUGUAUAUAUUACCAUCUAUAGUACUCGUUUUCUACAUUAGUUGUAAACAAAUAUUUCUAGAGUUCUGCAGUCAUACCUUGACAAUAACUGAAUAAUUAAGUGUCUACCAGCUUACUCAUGUAUAUAACCAUAUACUAAUAUUACUCGUUUUCUACAUUAGUUGUAAAUAAAUAUUUCUAGAUAGAGUUCUGCUGUCAUAAUUAAAAAAACAUGGACGCAACGAAAAAGAUGAUUGUGUAAUGCAUACAUAACAUCAAAAUAAGUGAUGUUUGAAAAUCUCAGAUAAAAUACCAUGGAGCCUCGUGUUUCGUCCAAAGGCUUAUUUUACUACUUUAGAAGGUUCAACGAAACUAAAUAUAACAAUAUGUUUUCAGCUUGCACAUAUCAAAAUGUAUGU